AUGACGGGCCAGCUAGAUUCUGACUCGGCACCGCAGAGAAAACGCAUUGCCGUCGCAUGCGGUCGUUGUCGCAAGCGAAAGAUUCGGUGUAGUGGUGACCCUGGUCAAGGCCAGCCAUGCUCCAACUGCAAGAAUGCAGGCGUAGAUCAGUGCCAGUUUCUCCGGGUAUCCUCGCGAGAAGCGCCCCUGCGCCAUGACAGCGCCGAUUUCGUCUACAGUGUCGGGGAUGCUCGGGUGUAUGCGAAUCGGACGCCGGUCACACACGGGGUUCCAUACCCAAGCGACGUGCCCGCGCUGGGAUCGGCCGAUGUUCUGGGGUCUUCUUAUCGCGGCGGGUCAACGUUCCCCUGUACGCCGGCGACCAAGGCCUACUACCCGGCCAUGCACGCGUACGGCACCCCCUACCCAGACGACUUCGACUUUGGCCUCGGCGUGUCAUCGCCUCCGGUCAUGCACCCAGAACCUGUUGGCAUCAUGUCCGGACCCUGGAGUUCCUCGACGCGCCCGAAGCCGCAGCCCUUUGGCAGCAUUUACCUGGACUCUCCCGAGGGAGCAGCCUUCGGCGGCUACGGCGGCGCUGGCUUGUUGCACCGCCCGUCGCCCUCGGCCAGCUCGGACUCGCCCAACUUCUCCUUCUCGGGCGUUGCCACACCCCUCCCACUCUCGACCACCCCCGGCCCGGACCGGCUGCUGCCCAAUCCGGCCGCGCGGUCCUCGACUCUGCCGCAUCCGGGCCCGGCCAAGCCCUCAACACCUGCAUCCGCCUCGACAACAACGACACUCGUCGACGUGGCCACGGCGGCCAGCUACACGGGCGGCUUUCCGACCCCCGGCCUCCCGUUCUGCUCUAGCGGCAGCAUGUCUAGUCAGCUCUCCUCUUCCUCUCGUUUCAACUCGGACGGCUACUCCGGGCAGGAGAGCAUCUUUAGCGAACAGGAACGUAGUAUCCAGAGCCAGGGCCCGGCCUUCGACAUGGCCGCGUAUACGGCCUUACCCCGCCGCAGUUCCGGGCCCGGCUCAGGGGCGGGAGUGUCCAUGACCAAUCACCACGCCUACGUUUCUGGUGCAGGCGCCCAUGAUGCCGCGGGAACCCCCCACCACCACCACCAUCACCAACACCAACACCAACACUCCCCACAGCACCCGCUCUCAACGGCGUACGUGACAGAAGAUCCGCCAUCGAGCCCCGUCGCCAACCGCCACGGCCAGGCUCUGCUAUCCGGCGGCGACAGCACCAGCCACGCCGUUGUCGCCCACUCGGUGGACGACCACCACAUUGCCGUGGCCAGUCGUCAAUGA